CUUCCUUGGUUUUUUUCUCAUACUAUGUACGUCAGUGACUAAAAGCAGCUGUUUGGUUACCAACAUUCCAUGAUUCCCUUUUUUAGCACAUUUUGAUUUUUGUAUUUCCCCAUUCAGGAACUGAAUUGCCUUGAAAUGAACUUUGACCAUGUCCAAAUAGAAAUUCGACUGGAACCAUUCCAUUUGCGUGCCCCUAAUCGUCCGGUUUUACAGUAUAAAAAUGCUUUAUGUUGCUGCCCUUAGGUUUAGAGGAUCAAAUCACUAAUCCCAAGUAUGAUGAGUAAUCGUAGUAGUGAUGCUCGCUUUAGUAGACACCAUAAAUCAUGCAUGCAAGCUGAGUGACAGAGGUUUGACAAAAAGUGGCACAUGGUUAUUUCUGUUCAGUUCUUCACCUCCAUGCUUGAAAGGGGCAAGGUCAGGGUGUUGUGCUGGCUAGGAAGGGCUCAUUCCGCACAUCAUUUGGCAGGAAAUUGCUGCCCUACACAGUUUCACACCCUGGCACACAGCCCACACAGCCACAAAUCUGCCAGCAGCAUUAUCGGGUAUUUUAAAAACCCUUACAGGUCUCAAGAGGAGCAAGAGAAGGCUGACGGUUAUUGACUCAACAUGCUUUCUUGAAAUUUCAUUGCUCUACUUUUGCUUAAAUCUAUCAAUACAGGUCUUUCAAGAACUCAGACUCAGGUGUCAGACAAGAUGUUCUUUGUGAAGGGGGUCAAAACUGCUCGAGUCAAGCAACAAAGGGUAAUUUAUAAGACAUUACGGGGAAAUGAGCUAAAGGACAAAAAAAGGACAGAAACGGCGCUGAAGGCCGGGGAGGACAGAGCCAUUCUAUUGGGUUUGGGAAUGGUGUUCAGCUCAGUCAUGAUGUACUUUGUGAUCUGUAUCACCAUGGUGCGUGCUUAUGCAGAAAGUGUAUUGACCGACGAGACCACCUGCACUGUGCUAAACUCCACUCUAACAAAGGAUAUCAAUUGUUCAUACAACUGUGGCUCUGACUGCUGGCGGAGCUCUAAGUUCCCCUGUCUGCAGGUCUACGUCAGCCUGAACGCCACCGGCCGCAUUGGGCUGCUCUCUCACAACGAGGACAUGCUGGACGUCAGUUCUGAGUGUUUUUAUGUGCCAAAAUGCCAGAAGGACCACAAGGCCCUGCAUGUUAUGAUCCAGAAUCUUUCAGAGCAUCUGAGGAUACACCAGCAGGUGACAUGUUACCACGACUCCAGCGAGCACCAGGGCAGUAUCCUUCUGAACCGUCUGUAUGGCAGCAGCACGGUCUUCCACUCUCUCUUCUGGCCCUCCUGCAUGUUAUCUGGAGGAACCCUCAUCAUACUCAUGGUCAAGCUCACUCAAUACCUUUCCAUACUGUGUGAACAAAUUGGCAAAACUCCAAAGUGAAAGAGGUUCAGUGAUUGACAGACUUACUGAAGUGAAUGGAGGAGCUUUCGUUUCUCCUUCAAAUGGUUUUCGGCUUCCUGCUGUUCAAGGAUUGACUGGAAAUUGGUAUGUUAUUCUUCCAUGACUAAGCUAUAUUGUAACCACAACUCAUAUCUCUGAAGUGCUGCUCUAUUCCUGAUGGAGCUACUGCUGUUUGGAGAAGGGCAGUAUAAUAUAAUUCAAGAUUCAAGAUUUUUAUUUGUUACAUACAUGGUUAUAUGGAGAGCAUAUGACCAGCAGUGAAAUGUAAGUCAGGUCCGGUUCAUGGACAGUGGAAUUAUUAA